UACUAAGAAUGGCCAAGCACAAGAGAAAGGGCUUCGCAUUUUCCCACAAGGACCUUAACUAUAUAACAAUCCAGGAGAAGAAAAAAGAUGUUCAUAUCAUUGAGCAUGGCAAGAGGAAACAAAGCAUGGAUCCUACCAACUACAUGAGUCUAAAUGGCCAAAAUAAGCAGUCAACCUCUCCUGUCGCACAACAAUUUCCUGUUUACAACAAAAGAGCUCACAUAAUCGCAGCAAGGAAGGCUAUGGCUAAGCUAAAUGAUCAAAAUUUUAAUGCUCAGGGAUUAGUUAAAGGAAUGAAGGAUCCAAACCUCUCUUAUAUGAACAAUUUCAAGCUGUGAAUAAAGAACUUUGAUAUCUUAAAAGACAACAAACAAAUUCCAAAGAAGGUUGUGUACCCAAUGAGGUACCAAACACGCAAAGCAAUGAUUGAGUAUCGUAACACAGGCAAGAACUUCUUUAAGACCACUGCGCUUGAUGAGAAAACCCCUGGUUUACAAAGAAGAGGGUCUCAAAUUCCUGAAGAUAGCAACCAAUUGCUUAUUAAUAAAGAUAUGAUCAAGAAGAGCAAAUUUGGUAAUAUUGAAGAAUCUGAACGUAAAAGCAGGAUGCUUAAGACAACCAGAUCCUUCCUGAUCAAGCCUAAGUUGACCUUCAGUUUAUUGUUUAAAAAGGGUCAGAGCACUCAUCAAAAACCAAAAGGAAUUGAAGACGUAGCCCUAAAGCAGCGCCUUUAUGAUGAGUAUUACAGAAGCCUGACUAAGAAGAACUUAGAUAAAAUUAUGAGGUCAGACACUGCCAGAAUUGAAGAAAGGGAGGAUAAGAUCUCACCUGAUAUUGAUGACACCAAAAAGAAGCAUCACCAUGUGUUUAUUUAUCCACCCAAAAAUGAUGAUGUUAGGUCAAUGCGGGCAUUGUCACCUGUUGAAGAACAAUCUAGAGGAGUUAUGAAUAGCGAUAAAGUGAAAACAGAGCUCAAAAAUACCCUUGAUAUUGCUACUAACAUGGAUGAUUAUACUUAUCACUUCGCUACGAGAAAUCUAAGAGCUAAUAAGCUCAGGUUUAAAUCUACCAAACAAAAGUUUGAUGAAGAGGAAAUUAAAAAGUUCUUAAAUAUUAUCAAAAUGGGCAAGGAAAUGGAUCUAUACAAAGCACUGAUGAAGAACCCUAAUUUGGUCGAUGUGUCAGACUUUAUGGGAAGAACUCCAGUACACUGGGCAGUGAUCAGGGACCAAGCUGAGUGACUCAGAAUUUUACUCCACUUCAAACCCUCUAUUGAUCUAAAGGACCUGUUUAAUCAAACCCCGCUAGAUAUUGCAUUUGCUGGCACAAAUGAAAAUAUCAAGUUGAUGCUUCAGAAUGUAGUGAAGAAACAAACUCUAGUGCCAGAAGACAUCAGGAAGAAAUAUCUGAGUUCAGAUCUGAGCUCAUAUGCUGAGGAGGUACUUUUUGACUCUGUCAAAAAAAUCUCAGGACUAUAAACUCCAUUACUAAAAUACCCUUUAAUAAGAU